UCGGCCGUGAGGUGCCAUUAAUGGAGGUGUAUCGUGUCUUUCUUCGGACUUCGGAGUCAUUGUUGGUAUUUACAAUUACGGAACGCGAAAUGGUUUUUCUGUAAACGUAUUUCGGUGAAUAGUACGGUAUGUAAAUCGGUGAGAGUGAACCAAUUCGCGGGGAAGAUAAUGAUUAAUUAGAGUGAAGUGGAAGAGAAGAAUCGGCCUCUGGAAGAUCAACGGAUCGUCGCGUCGUUUCGAAUGGAUACACAACCUCUCUACUGAUACAAUUUUCAUCUCUCGCGGUUUGCUGUGUCGGAUCUCAGCGAUAUCGUGCCCCUGUAUACGCCACGCGCCCUUUAUUUGAAACCAGUUGCAAAAAUAAACGUGUCCGUAAAUCUUCCCCAACUGAAAGUUCCAGGUAAAACGUCCGUAAUUCUACUAACACUUUUUUAAUCAUUUUUCUCUCGGUCCAAUGGCGAACGAGAGUUGUGUCGCUUAAUAAUAUGAAUUUUUCUGACAGGAGAUUCAUCCAGUUUCUUUAUAUUCCGUGCCAAUUUAUACUUACAUAUAUUAUGUUUAGCGCAAUAGGUUUUUACAGAAAAUUAACUGCGAUAUAAACAGGAAAAACUAUAUCAACAUGGGAAGUAAUGGAGAAGAUACGUGCCCUUAUACUGCCGGACGAGUUUGCAUCUCUGAAAGUAGCCAAAAGCACCCUGGAAUUUAUCAGAUUGGAGGGAGAUCUGCAAGACAGAUGCAGGCUGCAACGUGUUCUGGCCAGGCUGGACUCGCAGCGUCUGAAUCUCUCUGGAUUUCCCAAUGUUUUAAAAGUCCGUGCAGCAGAGGCAAAGGAUGAUUUUCCCACGAGACAUAGCUGGGAUUCAUACUUUAGAGAUACGAAGCAUAUGAAUGAAUUAAAGGCUGGGGAAAGGCCUGAUACGGUUCAUAUAACAGGCUUGCCAGUCAAAUGGUUCAUAGAAGAUGGAUCUGCCUUGCCCAGUGAAUCAUUGGUCAACAAAAUUUUUAAAAAGUGGGGAACACUUAGGAGAAUCGAUGUACCUGCAGCUGAUUCGUAUAGGUCUAGAAUGCGUUUAGGCACAAAUAUAAACAAGUUUAGUUAUGAAGAUGGAAUAUUUUUCGAUGCUUAUAUUCAGUACAUUGAAUACAUGGAUUUUGUUAGAGCAAUGGAUGCACUGCGUGGUAUGAAACUCCUUAAAAAAGAAGGUGAUAAUGCAUACACUGCUGCCAUUAAGAUCACUUUUGAUAAAACAAAGCAUAUGAGUGAUAACUCUGUUGCACACAGAGAAUUUGAAAGAAAACGUUUAAUAGCGCAAGAUACGUUAGCGGCGGAAAGGCUUCGCAAAAAAGAAGAAGCUGAAGAGAAACGUCGCGAAGAGCUCAAGAAAAAGGAAGAAGCUGACGCAGUAGCUAAAAAAAGCAGACGACAGAAAAGGGAAGACAAACGGAAACGCAAAGCUAUAACUAUAUUUCGUAAAAAGGAAGAGGACAAAGUGUCUAUGAAAAUAGCCAGGGAGGGUCAGAAGUUGAUAAAAGCACAAAGGCAACUCGAAAGUAUACGUCUGUUAGAUGAGUUGUUUGAUAGAAUAAAGAUAAAAGUGGAGAAUAAUGAAAUUAAAAUAGAUGAAGUGACCACAGAGGGAAAGAAAGAUGACAAGAAAAAUAAUAAACAAGAUGGUACCGUCCAAGUAUUAAGUUCUGAAGAAAAUGAUAAAGAUGGGAAGAAGGACAAGAAAAAUAAAAAAUCAAAAAAGCGGAAAUCAAAGAAAGAGAAGAAAAAAAAGAAGAAAACCAAAAAAGACAAAGACUCUGCGAAUUCCGUGAGUAUGAGCGAAGAGUCGGAACCAGAAGAACAGAUGAAAAGAUUAAAGAGUGUUCUCAAGCAAAACGUCUCGUACCCAUCGUCAUCAGCAGCAUCUGCCCCCUUGGAGCCUCUUCCAUAUCCGCCCCUGUACCCUCGAUUCCCACAACCAUGGUACUAUGAAGCAGCAUUGCCUCUGAUCUAUCCCACAUUGUCAAGAAGCAUGCCCAGAGGAGGUCGAUUCUCUCGUGGGAGAGGUAGCCGAGGAUUUCUGUGGCGAAAUCCCAGCAACCACCGCUCGUUACAGACGUUCAACCCUCACCUAUACAACGAGCAAUACUACAAGUACUUCGCCCACCUGGUCGGCCAGGAUUACCAUUCGUUUGACAGAAGCUCGCGGUCCCGCAGCCGCAACCGAUCGAUCAGCAAGUCGAGAUCUAAAUCCAGAUCGAGGUCAAGAUCGCGGAUGAAGCGGGCCUCCAGGUCGAGAUCCAGAUCCCGCGGUAGAUCGAGAUCACGGUCAAGGUCGCGGUCAAGAUCGAAAUCGAGGACGGACUCUAGGUCACGAAGCCGGAAACAGAGUAGAAGCAGAAGUAGGUCGCGAUCGAGACGCCGGCGAGGGAGAUCGAAGUCAAGGUCGAAGUCCCCUAAACCAAGAUCGAAGUCUCCUAGACCAAGAUCAAGAUCCCGCCGAUCAAGAUCCAAGAAAAAGUCUCGAUCCCGGAGCCGCUCGAAGUCCAGGACCAACGGCAAGAACCAGUACAGACGGAGACGGGAGAGGUCUACGUCGAAGGUUAAGGUCACCAGGGCUAAAUCUCGCUCGACGUCGAAUAAACGUAGAUCUCGCAGCAGCACCUGGUCCAUGCCGAAGUCUCCUGGCAGAAGGAGCUGCUCCUGGUCUAAAAACGCCGACGCUGUUAACGAGAAAGCUAAUUCGGACAAAUCGGUACAGGAGCAACGUUCCACAAGCAAAGAAGCGCCACAAAGUUCCCAGCUGGAGAACAUAACUUCCGACUGACAGUGAUUAAGUACACUUCCGGCUCGCGUCUUCGACUUUAUGAGAGGUUCGUUCGAUCACGUGUAACAUUGUGUACAAACCAGACGUGCGAACUUGUAUAACUUUUCUAUAUACACAACUGCGACGUUCUUUCGAAGAAAUAAGAUAUAUUUUUGUUCACUUGGUCGCUCUUCCUAAGCUUAAACGAUAUGAUUAUCGGACAAGAGUUCUAUGGAUGUUUUUCAUUUUCAACGUAUAUCGUGUAUACAAUAAGAAGCAGUUGUAUAUACUUUAGGAAUAGUAUAAGUCUAUUAUAGAGGACAAAAAUCUAUGAUCAAGCGGGUAUUGCAUUUUUAAGUCGACGUCAAAAUAAACACGAUAUUGAUCAACUAAACAGCA